AGAGAGCGGCGUGUUUCGACGUCCACGGACGCGUCUCCACGAUUUACCGUGAGAACUCAGAAGGAUCUGAAGGCCCAGACAGACGCACACACAAUGGGCCUGUCCAGGCUCCAGGCUCUGCUCUGGUUUGGGGCCCAGCUGGUGCUCCCUCUGUGGGCCAAGCCGCUCACUCAGAGCACCAACACCUUCUACUACCAAGAUCUCCUCAAUGGCCUCAACAAAAAAGUAGAUGCCAGUGGAGUACAGCUGCACAUAGACUCGGCUGUGUCCUCCGUGAGCGCUCAGCAGGGGGGAGAGGUGACCCUUCCCUGCCGAUUCUGGUUUGAGCCUGAUCAGAAUCCUCCAAAACGAGUCCGGAUCAAGUGGUCCAAAAUGUCGUCCUCCAGAGAGAUAGAGACCGACGUGCUGGUGUCCAUGGGAGCCCGGAGCCGCAGCUACGCACACUACAGUGGGCGUGUCCACCUGAAGCAAGCCUCAGAAGGAGACGCCUCUUUGGUCAUCUCCGCUCUGCAGCUCAAUGACACGGGCUUGUACCGCUGUGAGGUGGUGGGAGGCCUGGAGGACCAAAGCACCUCCGUCUAUCUGGAGCUACAAGGGGUGGUGUUCCCGUACCAGCACCCUCUGGGCCGCUACCACCUGAGCUUCGGGGGGGCUCAGCAGGCCUGUACUGAGCAGGGCGCUACCCUGGCCACCUUCACCCAGCUCUAUGAGUCCUGGAGGGAGGGGCUGCACUGGUGUAAUGCAGGCUGGCUGGCAGACGGCACCGUGCAGUACCCCAUCACCCAGCCCCGCGCCAACUGUGGGGGCCCCGGAGUAGCCCCCGGGGUCCGCAGCUACGGCAAGAGACAUCCACACCAGCACCAGUAUGAUGUGUUCUGCUUCUCCUCGGCCCUGCCAGGCACAGUGUUCUACCUGCAGCCGGCCCACAGGAUGAGUCUGGCAGAGGCACAUCAGGCCUGUGAGCAGCAGGGGGCGCUCAUCGCUAAAGUGGGACAGCUAUACUCUGCAUGGAGGUUCCAGGGAUUGGAUCACUGUGAGGCCGGCUGGUUGGCCGACGGCAGCGUCCGCUACGCUAUUACCAAACCCCGCAAGAACUGUGGUCCCCCGGAGCCCGGGGUCCGCAGCUUCGGCUUCCCCCCUCCACAGCACAAGUACGGGGUGUACUGUUACAAGGAACACCAGGGAUGAUGAGGAACAAACGUCCACAUUGAAAAUUUAUCACUGACUAUUUUCUGACAUAUGUAUCUUUAAUGAAAGAAAUACUUUUGACUAUUUUCGAUCACAUAUGCUCCCACACGACAAUUCUCCAUAAAUAACAAGAGCGGAAUAGAAAACAAUACAUACAACUAGACAAACCUGAUGCAAUGUGCAGUAGUUUCAUUAGUGACGUGUACUUAAUGAAAGUACAAUUUUUAAACAAUAAAAGGUGAUGUGAAUCUGAAAUAUAAUGAGGUGGAAAUGAGGUGGUUGAGGUGGAAAGUCACCUGCAUGAUUCAUUGAAGAUGGAUGUGUAAUAUGUCAUAGCCAAAGGAACAAGCAGGUGGGGCCCCACCUCAAGUCCAAAUAAGAGUCAGGUUUGUGAAGGAACACGUGCCUUUCUUUUCUUUUUUUUGCAAUAAGCCUAUCCAUAAUGAAAAAAAAAAAAAAAGUUUUCAUUUUACUUGCCUUUUUUUUUCUUUUUGAAAAAAGUUCCAUAAUAGAAGAGAGCAGAGGGGUGAGCCUCGUGUAUGUGACAUGUAUUCAGUAUUCUGUCAUGUAUGUUUAUGUCAUGUAUGUGGAUUUUUAUGAAUAUAUUUAUAUCAGUUUACAAUAGUGUAGCCCAAAAUAUGAGAUUAAACCAGCCCUUUUGUAUGUUAUGGUUGAUUUUGGAGUGGGGGAAUCCAAACUAGGCUCUUUCCUUGUGUCUUUAUGCUGCAAAAAGUUUGUGUUCCAGAAGCAUGUCCUCGCUGUUGGGGGAAUGUUAUUAACAGUUAAUAUCCAGCUUUUCACCUCAGCUCAGAAUAUCCAUUGUGAGUGUCACAGUUUUGACUCAGUUACAUUCAAGAUCUUAAUGUUUAACAGAUUUAGCUUAACUUAAUGAAGUAAAUCAAUCUUAAUUAGUCUCUUCAAACUCUUCAAAUAAAUAUUCCUCCUGAAUUCAAAGUUCAGGUCUGGACU